UGAGGAAAUAUGCCUUCAUCGCCUAAGCGAUGAUUAAAUUAAUCAUCACCAUAGAGAUGAUGAAUAAAAUAACUCCCUUAAACUGCAAGUUCGGUAAUGUGUUAACUCCUACUACUGUGCUACUCCUACUACGUAGCUAUAACGUAAUCGCGCGCAGCAAACGCAUAGAACGCAUCCGAUGCACCCAAAAAUAGUAUAAAUAGAGCAACACGGACGCGAGCUAAACUAGUUGUAUUUAAAAUGGGCUGAACUUCCAAAUAAGUUGAGCUUCCAGAUGAUCUUGGACUCGGCGACGCGUAGCUGGUUCUUGGUCAGAAAGUGUAUUUAUGUAAAUGUGAGUAGAUGAUGUCCUCUUAUGGGACACCCAUCCCUUUUAUUCAAUAAUCGCCCACUUCAUUAAGUGGUUAAUAUGUUUCUCGUUUUCGUGAUUAAAAUCAUACGUAAUUAAUCGCGUUCACACCGGAUAUCAUCCGAUUAUGCUGGCCAUCGGAGAUAGUCCUAGAAGAAUAGGUACCUCGUGUAAUACAUUGCUGUCGACCGGCCUAGUACUAGUGAGCCACCCUGAAAGAGACAGUAGAAGCGGACAUUAUGUGAGCUUGGUGCUGUUGACGAAUUUUUGAAGAAAAAUGUGCAUCUCUCUACAAAAGAUGGAUUACGCAAAUGGACUUUACCACGACGUACCAACCAGUUGCGUUCUGAACAAUAAUGGAAUAAGAAAACGAGACAAAUCAGAAAUCACCACCGAUAUAAGUUCCUUAUCUCGAGAAGAACGUCGUCGUAGAAGACGUGCAACUCAAAAAUAUCGAGCAGCUCAUGCCACCCGAGAAAGAGUACGAGUCGAAGCCUUCAACAUUGCUUUCAACAGAUUACGAGAACUUUUACCAACUUUACCACCUGAUAAGAAAUUGUCCAAAAUUGAAAUCCUCAGAUUGGCAAUCUGUUAUAUUGAUUUUCUCAAUCAUGUUUUGGACGUUUGAUUUGAAUGUGCAAUCACGAGUAUCGUUAUUCUGUCUUGUGUGUGUUUUUUCUCGCAUACCUAUACUUACCUAUUUACGCGAUUUAUAAGUUGCUUUUAUUUAAUUUUAUUUUCGCCCAAACAGAGAGAGGAGGAGGGAAUCGAGUGCAAUAUAGUCAUCAAAUUAUAGCUUGUUUACGUAAGUUUGUAAAAUUAACUUAUGUACCAUUUUAUUUAUUUAUUUAUUUUUUCAAAUGUGUAUAUUACUUAUUUAUGGAGUAGGUAGGUAUUUCAUCUUUGAGAAUAUCUACGGAUAUUGCGGUUUGCUAUCAUUAUUUUAUGAUUCUAUUUGAUCGGUGUUUUAAUUAGGUACGUAUGUAGAAUAAGAUUAUCGUCGUUUUAAUGUAUAAAAAUUUUCGUACCGGU